GGGGGGAGCUGGGCAGAUGUUCCUGGAAGAGAAGAAGAAGAAGAGGAAGAAGAAGAACAAGAAGAAGAGGAAGAAGAAGGAGAGGAAGAGAGGAUAUUUCUGCAGAAGAAGAAGGACUCAAAGGAGAUAUGGCUGAAGAUGUCCGUGGACUCUGAUAACUCCUGUGUUCUGUUGUCAUCGCGAGGCUCCAGGACUUCCUGCGUCUUCCAGAACGAAGACGAGAAAGAUGACAUCCCCGGCGCGGGAGAGGAGAGCGUUCUGGAGAUGCUGAGCUACUCCAAGUUCUCUGACCUGGAGACCUGGCUGUGCAUGCCGUCCUCUCUGCUGCUGCCUCGGGCGCUGGACUCCACCUGCUCCUCCUCUUCCUCCUCUAACAACUCAUCCUCAUCACAUGCAUCCCACCCCUCCUCACAGCCGCCUCCUCCUCCUCCUCCCCCACCUCCCGUCGCUCCACCUGCAGCGAUCCUGGAGAGAUGCCGCCGAGGUCCUCCUCAGAGGUUGACUCCCCCCUCCUCACCUCUGCUCUGGGGGAGGACAUGCCGUUCCUGCCCCCCCCCCCUCCUGUCCUCCACCCCCGCCCUGCAGUCGAGGGGAGACUGCCCCCCCCACAGCGGUGUCAGCGUCAGGAAGCGGCGCCGGAUCGCUGCCAGUCCUGGAGGCCUGCACUGGACCUCUGCAGUGGUUCCCCUGGCUUUACUUCAUAUUGAAACAUCAGUUUUGGUGACUCAGGACUCAGCAGGUUCGGUGCAGAGAGACUUCUGGUCACCUGAUCCCUCCCAUGGCAGAGGGGCGAGGAGCGCCCCCCCCUCCUCCUCCUCUCUGUGGGGGGGGCCGCAGAGGAAGACGGUGUGUGAAGACGAGCGACUGCAGCCUCACCUGAGACUGCUGACUCACCUGGAAAGAGGAAGGAAGCUGCGCGGCAUACAGAGUCCGGUCUCCUCCGGCAGAUACGACUGCAGGAAGAAGUCUGACAGCAGGGUCUCUCGGUUGGCUCAGCAGUGGAACCGUUCUGAAGGAGAUGCUCUGAUACUGAAGCCGCUGUUCUACACGGGAACCUCUCGCUCCUCACUCAGCCUGGACAGACGCCUUCCGGGCGUGAUGAUGCAGCAGAUGCAGAACCUGCAGCUGACUCAGAACAGGAAGUGCCCCGGAGGUCCCGCCUCCCCCAGCGCCGCCAAGCGUCUCUACAGGAACCUGUCGGAGAAGCUGAGGGGGAGCACCUCCUCCUUCGAGGACACGUACUUCUUCGGGAAGACCGACCGCCUCCGCAAAGCCUCGGCGAUGCAGGGCAGCGACUGUAUCUUCGAGGCGGUGGAGCAGCAGGACCUGGACUCGGUGCAGAUCCUGCUCUACCAGUUCUCCGCAGAGGAGCUGGACCUGAACACCCCGAACAGCCAGGGCCUGACGCCGCUCGACAUCGCCAUCAUGACCAACAACACGCCCAUCGCCAAGCUGCUGCUGAAGGCCGGGGGCCGGGAGAGCCCGCACUUUGUUAGCGUGGAGGCUCGGGAGGCUCUGAUUGGCUCCCUGGUGCAGGAGGCGGAGCUCCGGGCGGCGGAGCUGUCCUCUCAGGCUCAGAGGGAGGGUCUGUCUCUGGAGGCCUGUCAGAAAGACAAGACGCUGCGGGCCUGGGAGUGGAGGAGCAAGCUGUACCGCCGCAUGAGGACCGGCUUCCUGCACGCACGAGCCCCGGAGGCCCCAUCUGCAGUCCGCCUGAGUGUGAGCAGCAGCUCGUCCCUGAGCGUCACCUUCCAGGAGCCGCAGAGCCUCAACUCUACUGUCAUCUCCAAAUACAGAGUGGAGUGGAGCUGUCUGCAGGAUUUCUCUCUGCUGGCUGGAGAGAUGCUGCUGGAGAAUCUGCAGAGCCUCAGAGCCACCAUCAGCAACCUGACCACGGGUCGUCUGUACUACGUCCGGGUGUUGGCCUACAACAUGAGGGGGUGGGGGCCUCCAGCCGGAUCAUCACCCCCUUCUGCUGCUCCGUCCAACUGGAGGGAGUGUGAGGGCCAGGGUCCCCGCAGGAGGGGCCACAUCGAGGUGAUGGAGAGGCUGCUGCAGCAGGUCCGAGCGACACACACACACUACUGCUGCACAGACUCGUCGAAGCUGCAGAACCCCAGCAGGAAGCAGUCUGUCUCCCGGAGUCUAAAGCACCUCUUCAACUCCUCCAACAAGUUUGUGAAGACACUGAAGAGGGGCGUGUACCUGGCGGCUGUGAUCCACCAUAAGGAUAGCCUGCUGGUGACGGCGGAGGACCAGAUCCCCAUCGUGGAGGUGGACGACUCCUACAGCAGCUCCCUGAUGCAGGACUUCCUCUGGUUCACCAAGCUCUCCUGUAUGUGGGAGGAUGUGCGCUGGUUGAGGCAGAGCAUGUCUGUCUCCACGUCGUCGUCCUCCACGCUGCAGGCCCGACACAAGAUGCUGACCGCCGCCGGACAGAUGCAGAACCUCCUGGGGACACACAACCUGGGCCGGGUGCACUACGAGCCCAUCAAGGAUCGCCACGGUAACGUGCUGCUGGUGACGACGCGCGAGGCCGACAGCACGCACACGCUCUGCGGCGGGAAGUGGACGCCCGUCAGCAAGCUACAGAGCCAGAGGAAGUCUCUGUCGACGCCCGAGGAGCCGUACGCCCUUGACAUCCUCAUCAUCACCAUCCAGGACAUCAUGGCGUACCAGCGGCGCGGGGCCCUGCGGCUGACCCCCGGGCUGUACCUGGGCUUCCUCAAGCUAAGCAGCUCUGUGGACCAGAUCAGAGUCCUGGUGUCGCAGAGAAGCCCCAACAUGCUGUGCCACACACGGGUCCGAGACAACGGCAACGUGUCCAGGGAGGAGUGGGAGUGGAUCCAGGCGCUGGCGGCUGCAGGUGAGAGGAGCGAGGAAACAGAGUCACGUCCUGAGAGCAACGCCCCCUUACUGUACUACGAGCUGCAGACCUCCAUCAAAGCUCUGCUGAAGCACCUGAACCUACCUCUGCAGCAGUCCCGCCUCCUGCGCCUGUACUCCCAGGAGGUGGUGGAGCUCGGUCACGGCGUCUCCUUCCUGCUCCUCCUGCCGGCCGCCGACGACGUCUGCUCGGCCCCCGGACAAUCGAACGCCUACACCCUGUCCGGCUUCCUGCACCUCCCCCUGCAGAUGUUUGAGCUCGUCCACUUCUGCACGUACAAGGAGAAGUUCAUCAGUCUGUACUGCCGCCUGUCCUCCGUGCUGGACCUGGACGCUCUGAUUACCCAGCAGGCAUUGCGGGAGGCCAUCACCGACAGCGAGGUGUCCUCCGCCAAACAGAGACACCAGCUGAUCCUGGACUACAUCCAGCAGCUGGACGAGGUGCGGCGGGACCUCCGGUGGAUCACCGAUGCUCUGCAGUUCGCUCGGUACCGGCAGCCCCGUGGCGGCGUCCCCGUCUCCGUCCUCGUGGACGCCAACGCUCCCCCCGACAGCGAGCAGAAGACCGACUCCACCUCCUCCAACAACGACUUCAUGCCCACGCCCUCCCCCUCCCCCGAGCCCCGCCGCAGGAAGCCCCCCAGCGACUCCCUGCUGGGCUCCGAUGAGGACGGGUCCUCCGAAGUCUUCCUCCCGACCGACAGCGACUACGACUCCAGCGACGCCCUGAGCCCCCGGGAGCUGGACCUGCUCUACUCCCCUCCCCAGGAUCUGUCGCAGCAGGCCUUGCACUCGCUGGGCGGCAGCGCCCCAGACGUGCUGCAGAUCCACGAGCUCAGGUACAGCGUCUGCCCCCCCUCAGACCUCCUUCUCUCCUCUGAGGUGAAGGACCCCCCCCUGUCCUCCACCUUCUUCCCUCUCUCCCCCUCUCCAUCAAAAGACUCCCCUCUCUCCCCCUUUCUCCCCAUGUCCCACCCCCUCUCUCCGGGUCUCUCGGACACUACCCGGAUCCUGGAGGACCUCUCCCUCUCUCCUCCCCCUCUGAGACCUCUCUGUAACCCCCCCUCCAAACGAAAGCUCCUCUCCCGGAGCCAGCGGGGGGGUGCAUACUUCAACUCUCCGCGCUGGCUCCGGGGUGAGGAAGGGGGGUCUCUCUCCGAGGGGGUGUACACCCAGCAGCCGGACCUCCCCGCUCCCGCUGACUCCCCCACCUUCGUGAGCCACGCCUCCUGUGUUCUGGAGAGCCGAAGGGGGAGGCAGCGGGGGGGAGGAAGGCCCCACGUACGACGCAUCUUUGUGGAGCCGGCGAGGGGGGAGGAGAGGGGGGAGGCAACGGGGGUGUCGGUGGUGGUGGAGGAGGAGGGAGGCACACAGGAAGUGGAUUCUGACGACCAGACGAACGCCCAGGUGUCGGAGAUUCUGAGCAGCUCGCUGUGACGAAGCAGCGCCCCCCCCCAUCAGCUCUCCACAGAUUGUAAACUGAAUAAAGUUGCUGGUUCAACUCCGCCUCACGGACCCACGGCUUCGACUGUUACAGAAACAAUCAAUGCAAGGAGACGGACCCCCCCGCUCCUCCUGACGGACACUUUGCACCCUGACCAAAACCUGCCGGUGGAUUCACUGAACACGCUAAGGCACCGUUAACGUGUUUAUUAUUGAAGUAUCUCUGGAUCCGUGGCAUGGACUGUGCUCUGCCUGUGUGUUUGUGUUCUGCUGCAUCUGUUCACUGUAGUUUCAAUGGGGGGGGGGGGGGUAUUGAAUGGGCCCCUGGAGCUGUCAUUGAAUGUUUCCUGUUGGAAUCAUACGACCACGCAGAGGCUGAAUGUGAUGCCAAACACACUCCUCAAUAACCAGCAUCACAUCAAUGAGGGACUCAAAACCAGUCCAGAGACAAAUACCCCACGAGAGGAACUAAAACCAGUCAAAGGGACUCAAAACAACCAAGAACAGAAGCAGGAAUAAUAGAGACAUGACUCCUCAGAUAUUCAAAAAAGACUCCAAACCACGACAGAGACUGAAGACAAGGACCAAAGCCACUAGAGAGGGACCACAGACACUAGAAGAGACCAGAAGAGACUCCAAACCACGACAGAGACUGAAGACAAGGACUAAAGCCACUAGAGAGGGACCACAGACACUAGAAGAGACCAGAAGAGACUCCAAACCACGACAGAGACUGAAGACAAGGACCAAAGCCACUAGAGAGGGACCACAGACACUAGAAGAGACCAGAAGAGACUCCAAACCACGACAGAGACUGAAGACAAGGACUAAAGCCACUAGAGAGGGACCACAGACACUGGAAGAGACCAGAAGAGACUCCAAACCACGACAGAGACUGAAGACAAGGACUAAAGCCACUAGAGAGGGACCACAGACACUAGAAGAGACCAGAAGAGACUCCAAACCACUACAGAACCACUAAGAAGAGAGACAGAGACACUAGAGGGAGAUGCAGAAAGAGGACAAAAAUAGUACAGAUUGCCUAUAAACAGGGGUGGGGUUGGGGGGGCUUUUACCCCUCUGCCCGGGGGCCCACUGUCCUUGACUCCGUGCACAGGUCUGAUGUUUAAAGACAUGGUAAAUCUGUACGGGUCCCGCCUCAGUGACACUCCGAACCUUAAAGUAUUUUUGUAUUCUAUCAGCGGAUUAUUUUGUGGGCAUGAAGUAUUUUGUAUCUGUCGUUUAUCGUCCAGUUUGUGCCUCGGCUGGUUCUGCAUGGGGGGGUCAGAGGUCAGGGGAAGGGGUCGGUGCUUCAGUGUCUGUUUUCUGGCGUGGCACCGACACGUAUGCACAAGUCUCCGAGAGAGUUCCUGUUUGCACAUCACGGAAUAAAAGCUCAGGCGUUCCCUGGGGCAGCUCCGCCCCGUUAGGAGACACCUCCAGGUCCAGUUCCCCCCUCACUACAGGUCCAGUUCCCCCCUCCCUACAGGUCCAGUUCCCCCCUCACUACAGGUCCAGUUCCCCCCUCACUACAGGUCCAGUUCCCCCCUCACCACAGCAUCAGUCCUGCAGGCGCCUCUAGAGUUCCUUUACCUCCUUUCUGUAACCAGAACCGGCCCUUGUGCCUCACUAUUUGGGCAUUGAUUAUGCACUGUUGUGAUUGAUAUGGCACUGCACUGCUAUUGGCCAGCGCUCCAACACACUGUCCGUGAUAGGCUCACUUCUUUUAGUUUCCAGGACUAAAGGAUGCUUGUGUCCAUCAUGCCUGUACCUAAAUAGGAGAAAGGGCAUUUGUUUGUUCUGCACCUUUGGUAUUUAAUAUGUUGCUCAGAGAAAUGAAUCUUGUUUAAGUUUUUUAAUCCAGAAAUUGAUUUUUUUUUAUAUUCCUUUGAGUGUUGAUAAUGAAACCCAGCUUUAAAUCAAACUGACGGAGCGGGAACAGAGACACGUUAAUAUUCUAAACCGUUUAUCUGAGUCGAUGUUUGGACUCGUCUGUUGACGCUUUUAUUCUGAAAUGUUAGCACUUCCUGUUUCCAAACGGCUCCGAAACUGUUUGUAAUGUUUGUGCAUGUAUUUAUUUUGUUACCCAGACUGAGACUCUGUAUAUUUGUGCAUCUCUAUGAUCCUCACGUUAUUUAUUUCAGAUGUUUUUAUGGCUCCGUGUUGCUGUGCGUUUUGCAUCAUGAGUGGAUGUGUUUGCAGAAGUGAAAUAAAGCGUCUCAUGUUGGA